AUGAUCUCCCUUGACGUGCUGGCGACCGUCUUAUCGGUGAUAUCGACAGUAUGCUGGAUUAUGGCACAGGUGCCGCAGCAGUUUGAAAACUACAAAAACAAGAGCACUGACGGCAUUAGUCCUCAAUUUCUUGUUCUCUGGUUUUUUGGCGAUCUCACCAGCUUUGUCGGCUGCUAUCUCACCAACCAGCUCCCAUUCCAGCUCUACCUUUCGUCGUACUUUUUGUUCAACGAUCUGGUGCUGCUUUAUCAAUUUCUGCACUAUGGGGGCCGUUUAAGGGCCCACUCCAUGGCGGCAAUGCUGCUGCUGAUCUGGUCCAGAUUGGUCCCCGUGCAGGCCUUUGACACCGCCACAGCCACCGAGCACACAUCAAUUGGCACUGCUGUUGCUUGGUGCUGCACAUUCAUCUACCUCUCGUCCCGUAUACCGCAACUUAUAAAGAAUUUCCAUAGAAAGUCGGUCCAGGGCAUCUCUCCUCUGCUCUUCGCAUUUGCGCUCAUGGGCAACCUCACCUACUCGCUGUCGAUUGUGUGCAACGCGGGAGCUCUUGCAGCCGGCGCAAGAGCGUCUUUUUUCAAGACAGAGCUCCCCUACAUCCUUGGUAGCAGCGGAACGGUUUUAUUCGAUAUACUAUAUUUCUACCAACGCUGGCUGUACGUGCGGCCACACACAUACAUGGUGCUUGUGGAGGAGUGA